GGCACCAGGGCGCUGUUGGGAUGUGAGACCGGCUGUCCCCACUGACCAUGAGGCUCCCCGUGCUCCUGGCUGCCCUGGUGGCAGUGGCCACCUGCACCGAGACCUUCGUUGGGCACCAGGUGCUGCGUGUCGUCCCCCAGAGCCAUGAGGAGCUGCAGAAGGUGCAGGAGCUGCAGGACCUGGAGCAUCUGCAGCUGGAUUUCUGGCUGGCUCCCCGUGGGCUCGGACUUCCCGUGGACAUCCGCGUGCCCUUCCGCAGCCUGCAGGCGGUCAAGGCCCAUCUGGAGGCCACUGGGGUCUCCUAUUCCAUCAUGAUCGAGGAUGUGCAGGCCCUGCUGGAUGAAGAGCAGACGGAGAUGCUCCGCAGCAGCCGUGCGCUGGCCCUCAGCACCGACACCUUCAACUAUGAGGCCUACCACACCAUAGAUGAGAUCUACAACUUCAUGGACAUGCUGGUGGCCGAGAACCCCAACCUGGUGAGCAAGCUGGAGAUCGGCCGCUCGACUGAGAACCGUCCCCUCUACGUGCUCAAGUUCAGCACAGGGGGCACGAACCGCCCGGCCAUCUGGAUCGACACCGGCAUCCACUCCCGCGAGUGGGUCACCCAGGCCAGCGGAGUCUGGUUUGCCAAGAAGAUUGUCCAGGAUCACGCGAAUAACGAAGGUGUGGCCUCCAUCCUGGAGACGAUGGACAUCUUCCUGGAGAUUGUCACCAACCCAGAUGGCUUUGCCUUCACCCACACCACGAACCGCAUGUGGCGCAAGACCAGGUCCAAGCACUCAGGCUCCAUCUGUGUCGGAGUGGACCCCAACCGCAACUGGGACGCGGGUUUUGGAGGGGCCGGAGCCAGCGGAAACCCCUGCACGGAGACGUACCACGGACCCUACCCCAACUCGGAGCCUGAGGUGAAAUCCAUCGUGGACUUCGUCAAGAGCCACGGCAACAUCAAGGCUUUCGUCUCCAUCCACAGCUAUUCCCAGCUCCUGCUCUAUCCCUACGGCUACACCGAGACCCCGGUGCCGGACCAGCAGGAACUGCACGAGCUUUCCGCCAAGGCCGUGGCAGCUCUGUCCUCCCUGCACGGCACCAAGUACAAGUACGGCAGCAUCAUCACCACCAUCUACCAAGCAAGUGGAGGAACCAUCGACUGGACCUACAACCAGGGGAUUAAAUAUUCCUUCACCUUCGAGCUGCGGGACACGGGGCGUUACGGAUUCCUGCUUCCCGCCAAGCAGAUCGUUCCCACCGCCGAGGAGACCUGGCUGGCGCUGAAGGUCAUCAUGGAGCACGCCCGGGACAACAUGUACUGAGCUGGGAUCGGGGCUGGAGCAGCUGGAGAGGAGGGAAAAGGCAAUCAAGAGAUAAAUAAAUGGGAUGAAGGAUGAGAAGA